CCUCAUCCUGGAUGGCCAGAUAUGCCUACUGAGUUGAUGGCGUGGCAGUAUGGAGCUAUCUCUCCGACCCCGAUCCCGCUAGAGCCUCCGAUGCCCAGUGAUCGAUACGCCAUUGAUCCUGACUCACCGCUGCCACCGCGAGGGUACAUGGAAGAGGUGGUUGGACUGGUGGCCACACUCGAGGGCAUGGUCCUGCGUAGGGAGGCACAGUUGUCUGUCGCUGGCAUUCAGAUGCCUUCAUGGUCCGGUCAGCCGCAGGCCAGGCCACCUGGGCCUCCUUGGGGAGCUGGGCCAUCUGGGCCUUUUCAGGGAGUUGGGUCACCCGGGCCUUUUCAGGGGGCGGGGCCAUCCCGGCCUUCCUGAGGAGCUGGGCCAUCUAGGCCUUUUCGAGGAGCUCGGGGAGGGUCUGUCCGCAGACGCAGGACUCACGUUGUAGAGGUGGAGCCUGAUGAGGAGGAGGAGGAUGCUGAGGAGGAGGAGGAGGAGGCUACCGAUCGUCAAUCAGAAACAUCUGCUGAGGAGGGGGGCUCCGAUUUUGGUUCGGGGAACAGAGGUGAGGCUGAGGGGGAUCCUGAGGAUGAUAGCUCUGACUCAAAUGAUGAUGAUGGUGCAGAGGUUGUCCCGCAGAAGAGG